ACUCAGAGACAUCAGCUCGUCAUCAUCAAUGGAGGACAAAUUCUCCUGCCAAAUUUCGUCUACUGGAUUUGCAAUAAUACAGUUCAGAUUACAGAUUACAGAUUACGUCUACUGGGUCUGUAAUUAGCGAAUCAAUCAGUGGUUUGUAAAUUAGGGUUAAUCUUACGAAUGGGAGAAAUUACUGAUCAAAAUUACAAUUAUAAAAGAAUUGUAUUUGUUACAGUGGGAACGACAUUGUUCGAUGCGCUCGUAAGAGCAGUUGAUACAAAUGAAGUUAAACAACAAUUGUUUAAAAAGGGGUAUACCCACCUUCUUAUACAAAUCGGGCGUGGAUCUUACAUUCCUAUUAAGUCUGAAGGAGAAGAUGGAUCUGUAGCUGUUGAUUACUUCACUUUUUCAUCAAGUAUUGCAGACCAUCUACGAUCAGCAUCUCUUGUCAUCAGUCAUGCCGGCUCGGGGAGUAUAUUUGAGACUCUGCGCCUCGGUAAACCUCUAAUCGUAGUAGUGAAUGAAGAUUUGAUGGACAAUCAUCAAAGUGAACUCGCAGAAGAACUAGCAGAUCGGAAGCAUUUAUAUUGUGCCCGUCCUCAAACACUCGAUCGUGUAAUAGCAGAUAUCGAUUUAGAGUCUCUUCUUCCUUACCCUGCAGGAGACGCAACGCCUGUUGUCAAGCUUAUAAACAGGUUUUUAGGUUUUCCAGAUGAUUGAUGAAUCCGUAAAUUCUUAUAACUUUAGUCAUAACCCGAAACCCCAAGCCGGCUAUACCACCUUUCAGCUUAGUAGGUGUAACUAAUCCGUUACAUUUUUUCUUGACAUUGGUGUACAUUUAAUUUCUAAUAUGAUGUAAUUGCUGAUUUAUUUUA